GUUUCUUCGUCUCAGGCAAGCAAGAAAGCUUCCAACAAGAGGCAGAGGGGAGGACAGAAAUCCUCCUCAAAUGUCUUUUCCAUGUUUGAGCAGUCUCAGAUACAGGAGUUCAAGGAGGCGUUUGGUUGCAUUGACCAAGACAGAGAUGGUGUUAUCAAAAAACAGGACCUGAAGGAAACUUAUGCACAACUGGGGAAGCUAAAUGUCAAAGAGGAGGAGUUGGAUGAAAUGUUGAAUGAAGGGAAGGGUCCCAUCAACUUUACUGUAUUUCUGACACUUUUUGGGGAGAAACUCAAUGGUACUGAUCCUGAAGACACCAUACUAGCAGCCUUCAAACCUUUUGAUCCUAAUGGGACGGGCUUUGUUAAUAAGGAUGAAUUUAGACGACUACUGAUGAAUCAGGCUGAUAAAUUCACAGCAGAGGAGGUGGAUCAGGCCUUCGCUCUCGCUCCCAUAGAUCCAACUGGAAACAUUGACUACAAGUCUCUCUGCUACAUCAUCACACACGGAGAUGAGAAGGAGGAAUCAUGA